AUGCCAGGCGUGCCGUCCAGCCGGGGCUGCGACGCCUGCCGGCGCCAGAAGAAAAAGGAGCUGGUACAUCGACCGACGUUGCUGCCGCCUUUGGGGAGCAGUGCACAGGUUGCCGUCAUCAGUCGUCUCGUAUCGGCCCUGGAAGUCAGCGAUCCACGCUUCGAUCUAUCCGUCUACGGUUCCUUCAUCCGUGAUAUUCCCCAACGUCUCGGUAGCAACCCAGCCCUCGACGCUGCUGCUGCCUCGCUUGCGUCAACUCUUCCACUAGUGCUACGAAGAACAGGCACAGACGAUUACGACAAGGCACUACAGCCCGUGAAUCGCGCCACCGUUCCCAUGCUGCAGGAAUAUGGCCGCGCGUUACAUUCCUUACGAACGGCCCUUUGCGACCCUGUUGCCAUCAAGGCGCCCAAUACCCUUUGUGCCCUGUAUCUGGUCGUCGUCACCCAGGGCUGGCUACAGGGAGACGGAGGCAACUUGCCGAGUCACGGCGAAGCUGUUGCCAUGAUUCUACGAUCGAUCAAAAGACACCGCCAGUCGUCCUGGGGCGACUUUGAGAACAGUGUCAUGUCGACAUUAUGUUUUCUUGUUGUUAUGGAGAGCUUUAUCAACCCACGCAUCAACCUCGACGACAACCUGUGGGAAAUGCCAGAACCACAUGGCCCCAUUACUUCCAAGGAUGAGCCUCUCAACAUCGACAGCUUAGGCAACCGUUAUCUUGCACACGUUGUCAAACUUCUUCGGGAGCCUAACGUGUACCAGAUGGAGCUGGUUGUCGCAUAUCACCGCGUACGACUUGAUAGAACCAAGCUGUCCGCUCUGCUAGCCACAAUACCCGCCACCCCUUGUCCUGAUGAUAAAGCCAUACCCCCAAUCUCAGAUGCGCUUUGCCGUGUCCAUCUCCGGUGGCAGACGGCAUUUGGAAUGCUAACACUCGUUGCCAUGCGUAUUGGGUCCGUCUUGUCGACGUUGGUCCCGCUGCCCGAAUGCAUGGACGCCUUCGCCGUGCUGGAUCUACCAGGCGACCUCCACGCGUACAGGGAUGACAUUGUGGACGUCGCAGGACAAGCCCUCCAAUACUAUCCUCUAGGCUCCAGUUUCAUGCCGCUGUGUCUUCUCGCUGCAUAUUUUUCUCUGUCCUUGACGGACGGCGACGCAAACCAACGUACGCACAUACUCCGUCUUUUCUCUGCAUACCGUCCUGGAGUCAACUUGGACAGAGAAUUAAACGACAUUGCUAAGGCUCUCCAGCCGGGCCGCGUGGUUCGCAAUGCCCAUAUUGCGUCACCGUCAACAGUCGGCUGUGCCAAUGAAGACUCGGGAUAUUCUUUGACGGCGUCAAAUUUGUGCACUAUUCUUUGA